GUCGAGGAUCCAUUUUGUUGUUAGACGGAGACAAACUGGAGGAGAAUAAUACCAUUCCGCUUUAGCCUCGGAUUCGAAUACAGAUUCACAUAUUGGGAAAUAUUUUCUCCAUAAACAGCUACAGCUGACAGACUAGACAAAGGGAAGACGAAGGGCUUAUUCCAUCAAACCCUGAGGAAGUCGAUUCACGGCUUCUAGAGCACCGUGCGCCGAGGUGAAUUCAUGUUCAGCUCGGUUACACGACAAAACAACGCUCAUUGGCACAUGAAAACUUCAGAUCUUGCUGGACACAGAUGUGCAGCGAGAGGUAGAUCAACUACUUCGAGGACCUGGAGCCCGAUUGGCGAAGAGAAAUUAAAAAGUGAGGAGAACCACGCACUCAACUUUUCUACAACAGAGAGGUGACAUCCAGUCAAAGCAGUAUGGGAGGUGGCGAGAGAUACAACAUUCCAGACCGCGCAGCACCCAAGAAGAGCCACCAGAUUGGCAGGGGCAAGCCGAGGAGUCGAGACCAGAAUGGAGUGGUGCAUUCCGCCUCCUCAGGAGCCUUAGGGGUGCCCCAUCACCACAGCCAUCGCCGGGGUGAGAAGGGCACCAACUACUCUUGGUCUCCUGAGGCGUGGCAGGCCGCGUCUGUAGACAUGAAGAAUGCCUCAGUUCGUUUCGCCACACCUUAUGAUCAGAAUUGGGAGGGUACAGUGUCCCAUCUGAGCAAACUUUUAUCAGCUCAGUGUGGUCAGAACUAUGCUGGAGCCAAGUUUAGUGAGCCCCCAUCCCCAAGUGUGCUACCCAAGCCCCCGAGCCACUGGGUGUCUCUUCCUAUGGGCACUUGCGAUCAUCGUGAGAUGAUGACCUUUCAGUUAAAGAGCCUCCUGAAGGUUCAGGCCUAAGAAGGUCUGUCACUGCUGCAUUCUUAAGCCAAUAUUUGAACGAAGGCUCUGCUUUGGCAUCUCGCCCUCCUCUUGAAUGCUCCAGCUGCGUAAUAUAUUUUACAGCUAUUUUUAGAUUUGCAUCUUAAUUAGAUGAUGACCAUUUGGCAGGCAGAUGUUUCUCCUAAUGUCCAUCACCUAACUUUUUUUUAAAAAGGAAACCACUAGUUAUUACGUCGCUGUGGCCUUAAGGGGCGGUUGAGAUCUUUUAGCGGAGCCGUAUGCCAUGACAAAUGAUGAACUGGAUGUCAUCCUUAAUAACUCAUUGCUCUGUUAUGCUCCUGUUUUGUUUUGUUCUUUUUUUGAUGGCUGUUUGUGACAGUCAGUGUGUUUUUUCUUCUCAGCCAUGCCUAGAAGUAGACUGAAUUCACCCACCAUUUGCUUUCUGAAAUCUCGCGUUGUUUUUCACUUACUGAGGUUUGAUGCACACUCUCGGCUUGAGUUUUAAUCAUGCAGGGAGUGUCUGAAACCUCCUGGUGCUAAGCACAGCAGCAUUUGUAGCGUUAUAGUGCAUACUGCAUUUCCAGGUAUCUAUUUUAAUUUUGCGUUUUGGGAAGUAAAAGCCACAUGACUUCGUUCUGCAGGGAGACCUAAGCGAACGGAAUACGAAGGGGAACAAACUUAAGUGAACAUAGGUUAUUUGACGAACCCUUAAGCCUAAUGAGGUGGCACAAUGGACCUUGUGCUUUCAACACCUGUACUUUUUUUUUAAAUGGCGCUGUGCGCAUUGCACUAUAGGUGUUGAAAUUCACCAAGGUUCAGAAGCUCUGUUGCAGCGUUAAACUUUUUUUUUUUUUUUUUCGUCCCUUAGGUUAUAGCUUAGAAAACUAUGUGUGAUUUUUAAUGUUUACCAAAGCUAAGUAAUCAGCAAUUUUCUGUUUGAAACCCCCCUUUGCUUAACCAGAUCUGGUUACAAGUGCCAUAAAUCAUCGGGUAAGGCAUUAGCAUAUAUCAAGGUUUCGGUUGACAAAUCAUUUUUGGAAUACAUUUUUUUUUUUUUUUUUACUUUGCUGUACUUUUGGAACGAUUACAGAGCAAAUAUACGGAGGAGGGUUAUGAUGCGAGAACAUAGGCUGGAUGUUUUCUCUGGUCUCAUCUCAUAGCCUUGUUUGCUCUGUGAUUGUUUUGAUACAAGCAUUGUUUUUUGGAAUGUGUGUAUUAUGGCACGGGGGAACUGAGAAAUAGGGCGCAAGUCCAGUGAGGACAUGUUUACAUUGUUUUAUAAGAAGGCAGGCGGCUGACAUCUUACACACACACACUGCCUUUUCUCACUUGUUAUUCUUGCACUGCUGUUCAUUUGUGUUCAAAAGUUUCAGACAAUGUUGCUCUUUCAACUGUGGAUAUGUCAUGAAGCACCCCUUCCCACUUCGUUAUGGUGGAAACUACCUCUCUUGCAGAACGUGAUGUUAAUAGCUAUCUUAAAGAUGACAAAACAAAGCUGAUGAGAUUCAAUAUGUGUAAUAGAGCCAUGUAAAUAAUGAAAUGUAUAAAAUGUUGUAGCAUAUUGUACAUUUGUGCAGGAAUGUUUGAAACCUGCAGAUAAAGUAUUUUUUAGUAAUAACACUGAAUGUAAAAGUCACGCUAAGGACGUGGCUUGUUUUAAAUUGCUGAAGAAUAUUUUGAUUAAAAAAAAAGAGAAUUUUGCCUAUAGUGCGUCAAAACCCCUGCACUGUGUGAUUUGUUGCCAGUGAUCUUGCACAUAAUAUUUUUAUUUUGUAUAAGGCACCAUGUAGGGGCAGAGCGAACUUUAUGUGCGAGUUACAAAAAAAAAAUGGCAAAGAAAAAAAAACAUUUUGAAAUUGAAAGGGACUUUUAUACAUUGUUUUUGAGUUGCCUAUGCAAGUAGAAAGAAUAUUUUAAUAUUUUUGCGUUGUUAUAACUCAUUAUUUUGCCCUUUAUCCAGAGUCCAUAAAGCAGUGUUGCAUUGGCCCCAAGUCAUUGGUCUUUCCUCCGUUGGCCAAUGUUUGAAGCCAAUGAUGCUGUGUUUUAGCUCCAGAACUGCCAGAUUAUAUUUUAACCCUUUAAAGUAAAAAGUAAAUUAUUUUAAUGGAAUGUGUAAAAGUCCUUUUCCUAAAUUUGGUUAUCCUGAACAAUUGGCUGUUGAAUUUAUCCCAACCUUGAAAAUGUCACUUGAAAUGGAAGCUGAAAGCCCUUUUGUUACGAAUUGGUAUGUACUAAAAGAUUGUUUAAUUUGGUUGUCUAAAAAAAAUUAAAAUUCCUUCCCUUCCCCCCCA